AUGGAAGCUUCGGGAGUUGGCACUCUGACCUGUCAUUCUAUAACUAUCAGACUUGUUGAAACAGACCUGGGUGACCGCGCAGCCCAGUACUAUGGGUUAGAAAAGGCCCCGGUGACGCUUGAGGCCAGCGUCCGCAGAAUCAUAGCGCAGAUUGAUGCGGCGGAAAAAUCAACCACAUCUGGCCCAUUUGUCGAUAUCACGGGCAGCAAGAUGUCGCCAAUAAGAGAUAUAAACUCGCAAACCCCACGGUACAAGUCUGCAGUCGCGAGAGGCGGGGAGCUGGGAGACAAGCCAUUCUCAUUCAAUCGCAUGGGUCGACUCCGCAUCUAUGGUUUUGUGUCAAGCAUAUGGGCCUACAACUUGCACCACCAUUUUUACGAUUGA